UUGGAACGUAGCCCUCCUGUUGUAUUCAAUGAAUGGGUUUCUCGGUCUUUGAUUUUCCUUUAAAUAUUGAAGAUUUACUUUGUUUUAAUUGUUCACACAACUAAUAAUGUCUAAUUUCUCACAUAAACUUGCGUAUAUUUAAAAAUGCUGGCUGUGUUAUUGAUGCACCACAUGACUACCAAUAGUAAAACAAAUGGAAAAAAACGUCCCAAGUCCAACAAAAUUGAAAUCCAAUUGGAGCCACUACCGACCUCGGAUGACCCUGCGGACGCUUUCUGCAGGACCUGCCUCAGCAAGGAAGAUCUGGUGCCAAUAUUCUCCAAUAAAGAUGCAGAGAAAAAGAGGUCGCAGGAUUUGAACUCGAUCACCGGCCUUUGGAUCAGAAUGGGAGAUGGCUUAUCACAGAAGAUCUGUAGAAGCUGCUUAAACAGCUUAAAAGCAGCUCUACAAUUCAGGCGCACUAGUCGUAAAGCAGAAAAGACUUUAUUGGACAUGCCUUCGAAGGAUAAACCAAAAAAGAAGACUAAGAUUCGGAAAAGAGAGAUUAAAAAUGCGAAAGUAAAUGUGUACGAUGACUGCGAUGAUAUGUUUGAUGCGUACAUGGAUCUGGGCAGUAACGAUUGCCAAAACGAAUCUAGUUAUGAUAAUAAUUAUGAUUUUAAAACUGAAUCUUAUGGGGAGUCAAAUGAUUUGACCGUCCCCGAUAUAGUUACAGAAGAUAAGGAUACUAACAAAAAUAACGCACAGCCAACAGUGAAGAAAAGGCAGCCCGAAAUACCAAACGCACCGUCCUACGACUGCCCGAUAUGCCACAAGCAGUUCAACAUGAAGGCAACUUACAAAGCUCAUCUCCGGUUCCACACAAACUAUUGUAUCUGCGAGACGUGUGGCAAGCGGUGUCGCAACAACAUACAGAUGCAGGAACACAAGCGUGCUCGGCACGGCCUCGGACGGAUACACAAGUGUGCCUACUGCGAGUACAGCUCGGCCACCAAGGAAGCCCUGACGAUACAUGAGCGUCGUCACACUGGUGAGAGGCCAUACGUUUGCGAUCACUGCGGCGCCACGUUCCAUCGUCGAUCGAAUCUAGUCCAACACAUCGCUAUACACAACCCGGAUAAGAACUUCCAGUGCGACUUAUGUCCGAAACGGUUGAAGUCGCGCAAGUUUCUCCAAAUACACAAGCACAACGCCCACACGGGCCGCAAGUACGGCUACCUGUGCCCCGUCUGCGACCACCGCUUCGAGAAACCGAACAAGGUGCGCGCCCACACCAGGCGGGUGCACGGCAUGCAGGACCACGAGCACCCGCCCAUAGUGAGGGUCUUGUUGUAGAAUAGUGCAAAAUAAAAGAAAAGAUAAAAAGGGACUUUUUUGUGAUAUCACGGGAUUCCGGGACUUUUUAGUGGAAUUCCGGGAUUCGGGACUUUUUGGUGAAACGACAGGAUUCCGGGAUUUUUUGAGAAAUCAUUUGAUUCCGGGACUUUUGUAUAAAUCACGGGAUUCCGGGACUUUUUCGUGGUAUUCCGAAAUUCCGGGACUUUUUGGUGAAAUGACAGGAUUCCGGGACUUUUUUUGUUAAAUUAUAUGAUUCCGGGACUUUUUGUAUAAACACGGGAUUCCUGGACUUUUUGGUGAAAUUCCGGGAUUUCGCAACUUUUUGUAGAAAUAAUGAGAUUCCGGGACUCUGGUAAAGUUUCGGAUUUUUUUUAUCCCGGAUACGGAUAUUUAUACGUACGUAGAAAUCCCAGGAGUUGUAGCGCUACCGGGAUUUGCCAGUGAAUAGUCCCAAAAUUCCGGGCUUUGCUUGUUAAGUGUUCCGGUAGUGUUAAUUUAAGUCGAACAAGGUGCGCGCCCACACCAGGCGGGUGCACGGCAUGCAGGACCACGAGCACCCGCCCAUAGUGAGGGUCUUGUUGUAGAAUUGUUCAAAAUAAAAGCAAAGAAUGAAAGGGACUUUUUGUGAAAUCUCGGGAUUCCGGGACUUUUUCGUGGUAUUCCGGGACUUUUUGGUGAAAUCCGGGAUUUCGGUACUUGAUGAUAUUCCGGGACAUUUCAUAGAAAUCACGGGAUUUCAGGACUUUAUGGUGAAAUUCCGGGACUUUUUGGUGAAAUCCGGGAUUUCGGUACUUCAUGAUAUUCCGGGACAUUUUAUAGAAAUCACGGGAUUUCGGGACUUUAUGGUGAAAUUCCGGGACUUUUUGGUGAAAUCCGGGAUUUCGGUACUUGAUAAUAUUCCGGGACAUUUUAUAGAAAUCACGGGAUUCCGGGACUUUUAGUAUAAAUCGCGGGAUUCCUGGACUUUUUAGUGAAAUGCUGGGAGUUUUUUAAAUCCCGAAUACGAGUAUUAUCGUAGAAAUCCUAGGAAUUUGCGCGCCACCGGGAUUUGCCACUGAAUAGUCCGAAGAUUCCGGGAUUUCCUUGUUAAGAGACCGGUAGUGUUAAUUAAAGUCAAAAAUGGUGAAGUGGAGUGCAAGGCAUUCAGGAGCACGAGGACCUUGUUGUAAGUCUGAACAAAUAUUGGAAAAAAUGGACUUGAAAAAAUACCGGUAAUCCGGGACUUUUCGUAAAAAUUCCGGGGUUACGGGACAUUUUGUGAAAUCCCGGGACUUUGGGACUGUUUCUGGGAGUCCCGGGAUUCUGAGACCUUUUUGUGAGAAUUGCAUGAUUUCGUAACGUUUUCGGUGAAUCUCGGGGUAAACGGGAUUUAGCUGCGAACAGUCCCUGGGAUGUUCAGCUAAUGAUGAACUAAUAUUGCUAAAUAUCUAUUCAAAAGAAUAGGGUAUUUGACAAGUUUUAGAAAACGAUCUCACGUUAUUGACUAAUGUUUAUGGAGUCCGUGAAAAGUGGAUAUUCAUUAUUCUGUUGUGUAUUUCAGUAAAAAAUACCAAAUCAAAAACUCCAUUUUCAAGUUGCCGCGAAUACGUUUUUCUGGACAAUAUGGCGUCUUACUAGUGUGUGACGUUACACGACUGUUAUUAAAACGUCAAACGAUACAAUGUAAUGUCACUUUAACCCGAAGUUUACUUGCGUGUGACGUCAUUUAAGGCUCCGCCAAUCAAAAGCGUUUUGGGUCACGUGUCAAUAGAUAAGAAAACUAUUAUCGUUUUCGUGGGUUUUUAGUAAAAUUAUGAAUAUUUUUUUUGUAAAAAUAGUAAAAAUCCCUGCCAAUAUACAUUCUAUGCUAAAAAAAAACAAUAUUAUACUUUCCAUUUUAGCCAUAGGUAACCUAACUCUAUGAGAUGUCUGACUGAUGCAAAAAUGAGAUAGAUUUGACUAAUGAGCCUGCUAAAAGUUACUGAGAUCCAUGAACUAUUAAAAUAGUAAUGGAAAAUGCAUCUAUGUACCGAGAAUGAACAUUCUAGCAUAAACAUAGAAAGAGUACCUUUCUACUAGAUUAGCUUUUCUGCCUUGCUUCUCCUUUUCAACUCUGUUUCUCAGCUGUAUUACAGACCAUGUUGAAUACAUUUUCACCACUUAUUUAAUAUUUUUGACAACAAAAAAACACGUUUAAAAUAUGACAGCUGCAAUAUUCGGCUCUGGUAAGGGUCAAGCGUUUGCAGCGCCAUCUAUGUCAAGCUUUGCGUAUACUUCUCCAUUGGCACUUUAUUUAUAAUACUGUCAAAUACCCUAUUGCAAUAUACGGCAGCUGGGGUAUAAUAAAUUUGUGGUUCCGGUUGUCAUCCUCUGAAUAUGGAACACGGGCGGAACCCUAAUGAAAUAUUACGCUUAUUAAGUUUAUUUUAAUAAUAAUAAUAAAUAUUGUCAAUACACACCAAUUAGCCUAGCCCCAAAGUAAGCACUGUAGGCUUGUGUUAUGGGAUAUAAUGCGAUUCAAAUAAGAAUAGGAAAGCCAAUGACCUCUAUCUGUCAAAUGUCGCUUGAAAAGUACGGUUUGCAAAAAAAAAAACUUAGAACCCUUUUUUAGCAUUCUGCUAAUUCUAGAAUAAAAACCAAACAUUUGUAAACAAACAAUAACAAAUAUUGAUAAUUAAUAUCGGUUGAUAUAUUUCUUUCACUUAUUGAGCUUUGGUCAUGAAUGGUUGAUAACCUAAAUCGUCAACCAAAUGGCACUAAGUUGCGUUCAGAAACUUGAUUUCAAACUUUCGUUUACAUAAAGGAUGCAUGUUCGUAUGUGACAUAGUAAUAGUGCAUGAUUAUUCAUUACUAAUCCGGCGGUAAUGCAGAGAUGAGCAAAAUAGAAGAGCUAGAUUCUGAUUAAUGUUUUGUCUCACAGUUUUAACAAAUAAAUAUUAUUAAAAAUCGGUGUUUUUUUUUUCUUAACCUUAGUAAAUAAAUGUUAUUAAAAAAAUUAUGCUUUUUCUCACUUAAUCUUAGUAAAUAAGUUUUGUUAAAUAAAAACUUUUUUUGCUUACUCUACAUAUUUGGUUUGAAUUGACAGCUAUGAUAUCACAAUAUGGCGCCCAGUCAGUCCUAUUCUUAGUUGAAUCGCAUUAUACUAGGGUAACGGAUAGAAUACUUAUAGGUACUGAUACAAAUAUUUAAGUUAUAUUUAUAUAGAAAUACAUACUAAACAUCCAUUUUAUAUUUUGUUAAUUUAGUAUUGUAUUAUUGACAAUCAUAAUAGUAUAAGCUAACUAUGUAUGAAAAUAGAAUUAAGUAAGUCAAUGGAUUUUAGCUUUAAAAAUGUUUUCACAUUAAGUUAAAAAUCAUGCUAGCACUUCACAUGGUUAUUCGUGUCAUUAAUUUUUUUAAGCUUUAAAAUCUAAAGAGAGUUUUACUAGAAAGUAAAAACGAAUGUGCUUAUGACCACACGACUGAAGUGAAACUUCUUUAGCUCCAUAUGUAUGUAUAUACAAUAUAUACAUGUGUGUACAUAUAUACAUAUUUCAUUUACUAGCUAUAAGAGAAAGAGAGAAAGAAAAUGUGCGCGCGCACCGCUUUCUCUUGCUUAUAUACCCCACUCAACUCCCGUUCGCCUCGCCCGAACACACUUUUCGUAACGCGUAACGCAUUCGCCAGCUUGCCCCCCAAGUCAAGCGUGCCUAAAGAAGUUUCACUUCGAAAAAACACGCGGUCCAUGCAGCAGACGGUACUCGAACCCGUACCGCAUAAUAAACUUGACAUUGUGGGUUACUUACAAUGCGGAGAGAUGGCGCUACCUUGCAGCCUAGCAGAUACGGAUAGCGGAGGGUGCGGUUUUGAGUUCCGUCUGUUGCCGGAAUAAAAAUGAAAAGACUGCUAUCAAAAUCACAAAUAUACGGCUUAUAUAAUAUGUAUUAUCAAGGUAUAAUACGUGUAUUUAUGUUAACAAAUUUUAUACAAUGUCUUAUUAUUUUGUUCACACUACGUAUACAUGUAUAAAACCUGUAGUAUACAAUACAGUGCGAUUCAACUAAGAAUAGGACCGACUGGGCGCCAUAUUGUGACGUCAUAGCCGUCAAUUAAAAGCAGUUAGGUAGAGUGAGCAAAAAAGUUUUUCUUUGAUAAAACUUAUUUACCAAGAUUAAGUGAGAAAAAUAUCUGAUUUUUAAUAAUAUUUAUGUAUUUAUUAAGACUGAGUGAGAUAAAAAUAUUAAUCAGAAUCUAGCUAUUUAAUUUCGCUCAUUUCUGCACUACCGUCGGAGUAGUCAUCAUUGUCAUUGCUGAUUUCGGCUAUAUAAUAAAAUAUCGAUUUGGUAGGUUUUAAAACGACAACUUUAUUUAAAAUAAAAACAGUCUUUUUAUUACCUGUAUUUACAAUCAAACUAAAGUACUUAUAUUUCCCUUUUCCAGUACUCAUUUUCUAUACGUUUCAUAUGAUUUAUUUCUUUCUUUUGUUUAUAAAUGUUUGGUAUUUAUUCUAAGAUUACCUCAGUGCUAAAACAAAAACCGACGGGUUGCACUCCGGGAGUGCCGGCAGAAGUGAAAACUUGAAUAAUAUUAACGUUGUGCAUUUUUGAUAUUUGGAAUGGUUAGGGAAUAAUUUUGAACGAAUUGCUUUAAUUAUCAGUAUAAAAUUACUAUCAUGUAUGUGGUAGAAUACAAUAUUUAUUUAUUGCGCUAUCGGACACAAACAUGACAUUUAUAUUACAUUAAAAAAGUUUAUCUCUCAGAAAAAUAAACUUACGUGAAUCACGUUUAAGCGCACUUAGCGACAUCUAUUGUAAAGAAAUCAACUUAUAUGAAUCACAUUUAAAAGCACCUAGCGACAUCUAUUGUAAAAAAUGCAUUUUCUUCUCUAUAAAGCUGCCACGUGGACGUCCUAGAUAGAGACUUAUUAUAAUAAUACGGUAAAAUAAAAUAUUACUAUGUUUCGUCCAAUAUAUUGAAAUACAACAACCUUUCCAAUUUUAUUGUGUGUCAUGAUGCGAUCAGCCCACGUGUUUAACCUGACGCGAGUUUAAUAUUUUUUACCCAUACAAAAAAAAGUGUACAACGCCGCUAAAGAAGUUUUCACUUCAAAAAGUGUUUCAAGUUUCUUUUGCAAACCGUACCUUUUAAGCGACAUUUGACAGGUGGAGGUCAUUGGCCUCCCAAUUCUAAUUUGAAUCUCAUAGUACCUGCAUUUGUUGGAUAAACAAAAAACAUGAUGUAAAUAAGUGAUUCAUACUAGUAGUCUAUGCUGUGUCAACGAAAGAAUGUUUUAAACAUCCAUCAACAAGUAUUCUAAUAGUUUUGUUUAAAAUACUUGUAAUACUUUCUAAGGUCAGGCGAUAUUUUACAUCUGAGCAGCUCCUUAACCUUUACCGAGCCCAAGUUCGCUCCUGCUUGGAGUACUGUUGUCACCUUUGGGACGGAUCUGCUCGGUAUCAGCUGGAUGCACUGGACUCGGUGGAACACCGUGCGAAGCUUAGAUUAAAACAAAAAGGGUAGAUACGGCACUAGCCUCACAAAAGUGAUCCGCACAAAUUGUGGUCCACGACCCUAAUCGCUUUAGUCACAACUUGACAUGCAAACAACGUACAUGUGAACGCCAAAAAGAAAUAUAACUAAUAUUUUGUGUUUAUAUGAUAAAACAAUGCCUAAGUGUGUUUUUAAAAAGUGCUCAAAUUGCUCAAGAACUAAAAAUAAAACCGACGGCAUCACUUUUCAUUCGUAAGUACUAUAAAAUAUAUUUUUUCAUAAAAAUUGCUGUUUGUUUUGAAUCUUAAGCGGUAGUAACGUCGAGUACUGGCCGCGUGAUUGGUCGGUAAUGCAGUGACGCGGAUCUCGCCGUCUCGUUCGCGCUGCCGUGGUAUCAGUUUUUGUUUGAUGCAAGUAUGAGCGUACCGUAUCUACCCUUUUGACGUGACAACGUCUUAAAUUAGGUUGCGGCUGGGAGUCACUUAUGAAAAAGUGUAACGCUCGGUAACGUUACGAUGAGUCUCUCGUGUUAAGUUUAAGUUUACAUGUACAAUGUUUUAGUAAACAAAAUAUAUUUCUAUAGUUAAAAUUUGUGCAAUUCUUAUUUUCAUUCAAUUCCUUGUUCCUAUUGUGCAAUUUAAUUAUAUUCAUAUCAAUAAAUAUUCUACCGAGAAAAAGACGUUGUCACGUAAAAUCUUCGCCCGUAAAACCGACUUUACAGGCAACCAUUUUUUGUUUUAAUCUAAGGUGCGAAGACUCAUAGGCAAUGACGCUCUCGUUGAGGCUAAUCUGUAGAGCCUUGACCACCGAAGACGUGUAGCUUGCCUCUCGGUGUUUUAUCAGUUACAUUUCGGAGAGUGUGCAUAAUUUAUUACAUCAUUUGAUCCCCCCUUCCCCUUUCCACCACCGGACGACCAGGCGCGGCGAGGGCUUCCGCCCUUAUGUUGUCGAAGUUCCUCCCAUUCGCACGAAGCGAUUUGCUUCGGCCUUCAUUAUGCGAACGGCUAGGGAGUGGAACUCCUUGCCGAGGUCUGUUUUCCCGGACCAAUAUAAUCUGGACAUCUUCAAGGCCAGAGUGAACAGGCAUCUUCUAGGCAGGCGUGUACCAUCCUAGGCCCCAUAAUAGCUUUGCCAUCAGGUGAGAUUGUGGUCAACGCAUUGCCUAUUAUGCUUAAAAAAAAAACUUUUUUCUUGGUGGAAACGAAGGAUUUGAACAAAGGGCCUUGACUGCAGAUGCAGCCGGGAUUAACGGCUUUUAACGUGCCUUCAGAAGCACGGCAGGGCGUGAGAGAUUCUGUAACUGUACCGAAAUAUCGGGGACUUGCUAAAACAAUGUACAUGGUAGCAAGCUAAUAAGAAAAGUUACUGUAUGUAGCUGACAUUUAAUUACCAUUAUUUUAAUGUAAUAUUGUACGCCCGAAAUGGGCAAACUGCACUACCAAAAUAGGCUAGUUGACAUUUUUUGGAUAUAUGUUUUAAAUGGUCAAUAAUUGUUCAAUUAGACCGAAAAAAAAUGUAUUGAAUUUUUUUUUUACCUAGAAAGCUACAAAACUUUAAUUUGAAAGUAGUUUUUUCAUGGACAUACAAAAACGCUGUCAGCUAUUUUAGUCUAUAGAUUAUCUAUGGUAUGACGGGAACAAAAUAGUAAACAAACACUCACAAGCACGUAGGAUAUAACCUAUCUGAAUUUACAUUACAAAACCAUGAUUUCUAAUAGAUUUCAUGAUAAAUAUAGUAAUUAUCAUGAUUGUAUUAUACGAGAAUAAAGAAACACGUCGUUAAAGACUCCUGAAAUGUUGUGGCUUAAAUUUUUAAGGUUAUGAAUGUACCUGCUAAGUCAAAGAGUUUUGUCGUUUCUGCUUUCACAAAUCCGGCGUCCAUCAUUUAUUUAGUCAACAAAACCAAUAAACGGAAACUUUUCUUCAAGUUAUAAGAAGUUUUAGAUAUAUUUUAGUCCGACGAAAGAAACCACAGUAAUAUGACAAUGACGUUUAGUUGACGUCACAAUCAUGGUGGACAGCGUUUUUAUUGUUUAAAAAGCAUAGACUAAAAAACUAUUUUUCAAAUUAAAUUACUACAGCCAUAUUCUAAUUUUAUAAAAUGAAAUCGAUGUAUUUAGGUUCCUCAUACCAAAAAUUAUAAGAAAUAAACAUUUGUAUAGAGCAAUUUGACAUGAGUCAACUACCCUAUUUUAAGAACCGUUCUGGACAAUAAAUGAUUAUCAUAACUUAUCUGUAACUGUUUGUUAUGCUGACUUUACCUAUGUAGGUAAUAUAAAACUCACAGACAUAUAAUACUAUAGCAGACGGAACAUAAAACCUAGUUAUAUUUAUGAAUCAAAACAUGAUCUUUUAUCCUUUUUGUACUCAGCUACAACUCGAUAGUGGCAUCUCAUUCUUUCAUCUAUUGCAAUACUGACUCACACAUCAACAAAUGUCGACGCGUGUCAUUUUUAUUCCUCG